AUGGACGGCAAACAGUGGACAAUAUUGUGUUUAAUCCUUCUUCCAGUUUUCAUCGAGGCCUGGUCUUCACGAUCUUCGCGGGAGGACAAAAGAGAACCAAGAGAUUUACCAGAUAAGAGAGACCUAAGACGACACUAUCAUUCUAAACGACAUAUGCAGAUAGAAAAUGAGCCCAAGAUGAAAAGAAUCACCACUCAGAAGCCUUCAAGAGACCUAAGAAAAAAGCCUUCAGGUCAUUUGGCACCGCUUGAAGAAGACGAUAUGGAUAACGAUGAAGUAAUAUCUGUUGCGAUCGGCCCUCCCCCCAUUCGUCCCAAGUAUGACAAAGUCCAUUGGAAACAUCCACCCAAGCCAACCAAUACGCCCAACGUCACCAAUGCAACAGCCACAAACCUCAUCAAAGACAUUCUUACCGAACUUGGAAGAGAAUUAAUUUCAAGACACGUCAGCGAAGAUUUUAUCUUUGGUCAGUAUAUAGGUAAUUCCAUGAAGAAUUUGACAGCUGAAAUAAAAUUAAAAUUGCAACACGAAGUUCUAGAUCUGAUAGUGAAAUAUCAAAAGAUAAGCAAUGGUGAAGCCGCGAAACAUCCUGAAGAAAAGCCCACUAGUUCAAGUCCUCUAGCGGCAAUUAAUCAAAUUAAUAGUAUAAAAGAUUUAAAAACCGAAAAGAAAUUUACAGCAGCAAAUGAAACGGAAGAUACAUGGCCUGAUUUUUCAAACCUAAAAUUAUGA